GGGCUGCUCAGCCUGGAGAAGAGAAGGCUCGGGAAGGAUCUCAUCAAGCUGUACUCUCAGCCUGGAGGGAGAGUGUACCUUGUGCUAGCUCGAGUUGUGCGGGUUGUCUGUGGGGAGCGGAGGGGGGGGGGGGCGUUGGACUGUGGGCUGUGUCCCUGGGGGGAGCUGCGGGGGUCAGGACCAGCGUUGGGUGCUGAGGAGGCUCCGGAGCAGAGCGGCUCUGCCGCGAUGGCCACCACCAGCCAGCUGCAGCGGGCAGGGCGGUGGGAGGCAGCAGCAGACGACCCAUGCUCCAUCUGCCUGGGCGAGAUGGACAACGCAGCCUAUGUUGAGGGAUGCUUCCACACCUUCUGCUUCGGCUGCAUCCGGCGGUGGGCCGCCUCGAGAGCUGCGUGCCCGCUCUGCAGGCAGCCUUUCCACCGCGUCCUGCACGCGGUGAGGGCGGACGACGACUACCAGGAGUACACGGUCGGCUCGUCCGCCCGCCGGCAGAGGACCGCAGCCAGGGAGCGGGUGCGCAGCAGAUCCCCACAGCAGCGCUACCACCUGCGCGCAAGGCCCACCAACAACGAGCCCGCAGCUGGGAGAAGGGGACCUGCGGGGAGGCACCGAGGGGCGCGGGGUGACGCAGCUCCAAGGUCCUCCAGUGCCUCUACCCAGCAGGCUGCAGGGCAGCGCCCGGCCAGCCCGGCGGAUGGACCCGUCCUCCGCUACGACCUGCUGAUGUUAGGGUGGGCCGCCUCGAGAGCUGCGUGCCCGCUCUGCAGGCAGCCUUUCCACCGCGUCCUGCACGCGGUGAGGGCGGACGACGACUACCAGGAGUACACGGUCGGCUCGUCCGCCCGCCGGCAGAGGACCGCAGCCAGGGAGCGGGUGCGCAGCAGAUCCCCACAGCAGCGCUACCACCUGCGCGCAAGGCCCACCAACAACGAGCCCGCAGCUGGGAGAAGGGGACCUGCGGGGAGGCACCGAGGGGCGCGGGGUGACGCAGCUCCAAGGUCCUCCAGUGCCUCUACCCAGCAGGCUGCAGGGCAGCGCCCGGCCAGCCCGGCGGAUGGACCCGUCCUCCGCUACGACCUGCUGACAAGGGGCGAGUCCUUCUUCCCUGACAUGGAAAACUUAAAGGAUACGUGGCCUUCCAAUUUGUCUACAUUCAAAACGUACAAGUGCCAACACUGCAAUUAUGCUACCGCUGUUCACAGCGACUUUAUGCUGCACCUAAAAAUACAUACAGAUGAAAAACCAUUUGUGUGUAACGAAUGCAAUAAGACAUUUAAAACAUCAAACCAUUUGCAGAAACACAGCCUUAUUCACGUAAAGAAUGAAUAUGAGUUUGGCCAUUGCCUCUGUGUAGAUAGCCGUUUAGAGAAUCUUGAAUUGCAUCAUGAAAUGCAUGUAGGCACGUGUCCAGAAAGAGAUUUUUGUUCCUCGGAAGGUUCAAACAGCGUCCAUUCCUUGCUUGGUUCGGAAGUCUGUGGAGUACAGCCAGAUGUCCAGAGGGGCAAAGAAAAUGAUUUGCUGGCGCAAAGUCAGCCCCAAUUCUAUCAGUGUGCAGAGUGCGAGUACGCUACUUACGCUUUAAGCAACCUUGAACUACAUAUAAGAACUCACACAGGUGAGAAACCUUACAGCUGCAGUGUUUGUCAGAAGAAGUUUCGUACUUCCAGUCACCUGAAAAGACACAGAGUCACGCAUUUUAAUAUGGACUAUCUCAAGUGCAGGAACUGUGACUAUUCAACAAGCAAAUGGCUGUCCUUGAAACGGCAUCUGGCUUCACACUCUUGUGAGGAAGGCUCAUCUACUGGAUGUCUCUACGAACAAAAGCAGCUGCCUGUCAAAAUAUACACGUGUGAAGAGUGCGGCUAUUGCACAACCCACAAUGGAAACUUGAAGCCACACUUGAGAAUUCAUACAGGGGAGAAGCCGUUCAAGUGCGGUCAGUGCGCUGUUGCUUUCCGCACAUCUAGCCACCUGAAGCGGCACUUGCUGACUCAUUUAAAGUUGCACUGCAGAAGGUGUAAAUUUUCUACAGUAGAUAAGCGUGCUUUCCAAAAGCAUGUAAAAACACACAGAAAAAAGUACAAGUGUGGAAAGUGUAAUGUGAUGCUGCCUACCAAAACACUUCUGGAAAAGCAUAAGCGGCAACAUAAGCUUGGAAUAUAA